AUGCCAUUACAGCUAUGUCAGUUCCGCAACCAGAAUCCUGAAACCAAAACCCGCAAACUGUCAUCCAUCCACAUCACUGACAAUGACCAACGCCAAGAGUACUACGAUACACUGAAUGGAUCACUAAAAAUUGACAUGUCAUCCCUUUUCAACAAGUGCAAUCAUGUGUCAAGGGCUAUUGCCUUGCUCGCUUGUUGUGUAUUGUGGAGUAUCUUCAUCCACGGAGGCGUUGCCUUUCAGAGACCAAAUCAAGAAGGUUCCACAGACCUUGAGCUACUGUACGAAAAGCUCCAUGGCGCCAAUCAAAGAAUCAAGGAAUUGGAAAGUGGCUUGAUACAUAAUGGUAGUGCUCAACAUUCAAUGCGGUUAUCGUCGCUACCUGGAAAUCUCACUCUGGGAGACAAGAAUCUGUUGCCUCGAUUUUCGGCGGCCAAGAUAUUGUUCGAGUCUUUGCCGUUUUCGGAAAGCACGUUUGCGAAACCAUUGGUCCUACGAAAUUUCAUUCGGCGUGAGCAAUUGUUGAACAAGACAACCAUUGUGCUAUCUACGCAGACAUCCACACGCAAAUUCGAUAGUUUGUAUCAGCAGUUAUUCUAUUGGAAUGGUCCUUCCUCAAUUGCAAUCUACAUCAAAAGCGAAAAAGAUCUCUUGCAAUUGGCAAACUUUACUUCGGAAAAUACUGAGCUUUUGAAAGAAGCUAGUUUUCAUCUAGUUAUGGAAAAGACAAACUUGCCAUAUCCAGCGAACAUACUUCGAAAUGUUGCAAUGGAAGGGAUUGAAAGUUUCUACUUUGUGGCCAUGGACGUGGAUCUGAUUCCGCUACCAAAGAAUUGCCACAGCAAACUGAGCCUUACAAUGUCGCGACUAUCCAUAGCUAACAGAACCAAAACGCUCUUUGUGCUGCCCGCUUUUUCACUUCUUCCAGAAAAGAAGGGAACAUUUGCCAACGCAAGUGAAGUGCCCAAGACAAAACGAAAAGCAGUCGCCAUGGCAAGGAGAGGCCGUAUUGAACAAUUCUGGAGACGAAAGUUUCCUCAAGGCCAUGCUCCAUCCAGAUAUCCAGCUUGGAUGAAAGCAGGUGACGACUCGAAAGACUUUUAUCGAGUCACUAUGACCAAGACCCAGAGCAAGAGUUACGAGCCCUAUGUCUUGGGCUUCAAGCCAGGCGUACCGAGAUACUGGGAAGAUUUCCGCGGCUUUGGCAGGAACAAAAUAUCGUUCUUUACCGAAUGCUAUCGAGCUGGGUACACUUAUGCUGUACUGACUCAGUUCUUUUGCAUCCACUUGGAUCAUCCUGCUAUCGAACCUACAGUAAAGAAGGAGCAGAAUAUGGCAAGCCUCAAGGUUUGGAAGAAGUUUCACAAUGAGUAUUUGAAUCCAAAGUACGGCAAGCCAAAAGAGUAG